ACAUUUCCUCACUGAUGUUUGUUUACAUUUUAAGUUGUUAUGUAUUUAAUAGCAUAAUAUUAUUUACACAUAAUGGAUUUCGUGAUAAUGUUAAGGUCGCUUACGUGUACUAUAUCCAUAAUUAAACUUUAGCCUUCGCUCAAUAAUCUUAAUGACGUUAUGGUCAAAGCUUUUUUAAAACUGCAAUGGAUAGAAGUAUACUAAAAAUUUAUAUCAUAUCCUUAAUUGAUUUAUUGGCUGUUGGAUUAACAUUCCCUUUGCUAUUUCCACACUUACGAACUUUGGGCGCAUCUCAUUUUGUUGUUGGAGUGUUUGGCGCUACGUAUUCAGGCCUACAAGUACUCUCGGGUCCAGUAAUUGGUAGUUGGAGUGAUAUUAGAGGACGAUCGUCUGUUGCAUCUGUAGUGUUAUCCAUUUCGGCAGUAUGUUAUGUUUUAACUGGACUCACUACGUCUUUAGCUGUGAUAUACAUCCUAAGAAUUUUACUAGGUUUUUUGAAGCAUACUCAAACAUUAUGCAAAGCACUGAUAGCUGAUAUCGUUCCCAAAGAUAAGCAAACUGAAGUUUAUGGAAGAAGUACAGCAGUAUCAUCCAUAGGAUUUAUAGUGGGUCCUAUUGUUGGCGGUCACCUUAUAGAGUUGCCAAAUGGGUUCUCUUACGUUUGCACUUUAACCUCAAUAUUGUUCGUAAUUAAUAUAGUAUUAUUCCGCACUUUUGAUGAUGUUAUCUGCGGAAAAGUCAGUGAGAAGAAGCAGUUUCAUCUUACAGACAUAAAGCAAGAAUUCACAAAGGCUGUGAAAGAGUUAUUGGAGAUGGACUGGAAGCAGUACUGGGAUGUAUUUACUUUACGGUUCCUGUACAGCUUUUGCAUCGCAAUUUAUUUUUCAAAUCAAUCACUCUUCAUCUCAGAACAAUACCAACUAUCCCAAAAGUAUAUUGGAUAUAUUAUCUCAUUUUUUAGUAUUAUUGGGGGCCUUUCAUCGAUAGCUAUUGGCCAGAUCAAAGUAAAGUUUUAUAACAAUCAAAAUGAAAGUUUGACUUUGCUAUUACAUUUAUUUUUAACAAUGACCUUCUGUUUCUUUGGCAUUCAUUUAUCACCAAAUUUAGGUUUUUUGCUUGUAUUGCUAACGCCAUUUGCGUUCUCCAGUGCAGCUUUGAGAGUUUUAACUAUGGAGUUGAUAUUGAACCGAUCACACACUAAUGACAAGGGUUCAUUAUCUGGUGUGGCCAAUAGUGUGAUGUCAAUAGGCAGAUUUAUUUCACCGUUAAUAUCUGGGAUUAUUGCAGACUGGUGUGGUGAAAGUAAGGUAAUGCUAUUUGCAUUUAUACCUUCGCUAUUUGCUACAUUUUUAUGUGUAAAAUUAAUAAAAACCAAAUCAAAAGCUUCAUAAUGCAGACGGACACAUUUUAAAAAUAAAAUUUUGUUGUUUUUAUUUUCUCCUAAGCAGCCUUUUUGACUGUUUACUUGACAUUUCAAAUUUUUUUUUAUACAAUUGUAUUUAUUGUAUUAGUUGUAUAAAUAGGUACUUACCUAUACAAAUAAAUAUUUUAAUUUAA